AUGGAUUCAACCCCUCUUAAGCAUUAUCACCUCCAUCCGUGUGACCCGAAACAUUUUUUUGAUACGUACUUUUCUCCUAAAACUGAUGAACUACUUCUAGAAGAAGCUGUCAUAAACCCAAUGAGCUAUCUUCAUAAGGAGCUUGUCUCAGGUCAUAUCAAAGGGGAAAUGUUGGUAGAUAUCAGUAUUGGUCCAGCUAUGUAUCAGCUCAUCACAGUUUGUGAGUUCUUCAAAGAAAUUACUCUAUUAGAGUUAAACGACCUUUGUAUUUCGGAAAUGGAAAAAUGGAUAAACAACCAUGAAGAGGCUUUUGAUUGGUCUCAUGCCUCGACAUAUAUGAUGGAUCCGGAAGGAAGAAGUGUUGGGUGGAAGGAAAAAGAAGAAUUAUUAAGAGGAAAAAUUAAACGCAUUCUGAAGUGUGAUUUUAGUAAGGACAACCCCACCGACCCAAUAGUGCUACCGAAAGCAGACUGUCUCAUUUGUAUGUGGAUCCUGGAUGUCAUAAGCAUAGAUAAAGAUGCUUAUAUCAGCAAUCUUAGAAAAAUCUCCUCUUUACUAAAACCAGGCGGCCGUCUGGUAUUGGUUACAGAUAUCAAUGUUAAACAUUUCAUGAUUGGGGAGCACAAAUAUAAUAUCUUAACAUUCGAUGAAGAAUUUCUGAAAUCUGCUAUAAAAAAUGAGGGAUAUAUUAUUGAAACAUAUGAAACCCAAACUAGGAAAGCUUCUUAUGAUGUCAUAGAUCAUGAAAAAGUUGCCUUUAUCACAGCACUUAAACAGAAGUAA